AUGCCGACCAAGAGGAAGAAGAACGUUUCUCAACGCUCUACUCAAUCAAUACUUCCCUAUACCGUAUCCAAGAGGAAGAAGGACGAAUCGUUCGAAGUCUCUCGAUCCAAGCGAGCCAAGGCCUAUUUAGUAGUUUCGGAUAGCGACGAUUCCUCCUCGGUAGAAAACGACGAUGACGAUGACAACAAGUCUUCCCAGAUCGGCGCACUCGAUAGUAGUGUUACUGCUUGGAGUGAUGAGGAUGAUGACGACUCCGAUACUGGAUCGGUUAUUGUCGUUGACUCAGGUCCUAUUGCAAUGGCUGCUGCAACAGUUGCUGCUCCAAAUACUAACCUUGACAAGUUGUUUAAGGAAGUUAUCCCAACAGAGGUACACCAAAAUAUCGUCAAGUUCUUGUCCCACGAUCGAGACAUCAUACGAUACUCUCAGAUCUGUCGAAACACUCGCAGUGCUAUGUCGGAUAGUGUCUGGCGUUAUCGAUUUCUGGAGAAAUUUGAUGCGGUACCCGAUGCGCCCGUAGAGCUUUUGAGGGAGAAGUAUCAGGUCAGACACACGACCACCAAACUCUACACUAAGUUCGAAUUCAACAAGUACAGGUACCUUCCUACUGCAGAUAUCGCACGAAUCGAAAAGGCACAAGAAAAGGUCCUUGAUAUGCUCCAGAAUCUUAUAAUUGAAUCCGAUGCCUACAAAAGUUAUGACGACAACGGCGAUGAGAUGAUUGUAAGUCGCAAUAUCGAUUACAUUAGACAAUAUGUUGAAGGAUCCUUCGUCUCGGGCACAACUCAUGCUGGAGAUAUCAUUGAUAUCAUUGAUUCCAUUGCGAAAACUCGUAAUGAGUGGAAUCUGAAAGCGAUUUGUUCAGUUGAUAGUAAUGCCAACACCCGAGUGUUGUUGAUUCAACUAUGCUUGACAUCCAUUUCUUGGGAUCCAAGAUAUUGCACAAAUACAAUCUCUCAGUUCGACUUGUCCCAGUUGGAGGUUUACGCACCACCAGCGAGACAACCAUUGUUUCUCGGGAAAUGGAAGGGUGAUCUCAACGUCCGUUGGUGUUUACAUGUGGCGAAUUUCUUCAAGUUUCACCUCAAAGCUGGAAAGGGUGAAGGACUUCUCGCUCAUGCCUAUGCCGAACUUGAACAAAGUCAAUUACCACAACCAUGGUUGGGUCGAUUGAAGUCAGGAACACAAAGGCUAGGAAGCCAUUGGAAAGGGGCCUAUUUUUAUGUCAAUCCUGAUGAAUUGGCAAGAAUGAGACAAGCUGGAGAAGAAACUGACGAUGGUCCUUACUCGGAUGAACUAGAUGGUGGGGAGUCAUUUCAGGAUAUAUCUCUAUUUUUCGACGACCAGAUUUUCGGAGAGAAACAAUGGCCCAAGUCAUGGGAAACAAUCCUUCAUAGUGAUCCAUUCUCUAAUGCUACCCCUGAGCCCACUCCUCAACGUCGUGCCUCGAGACGCGCUACUCGAUCGAAAAAAGACAUCAAGAAACCAAGAGAAAACCCUAAUCCAGGUGUGAAGUACUUCUAUGGUUCUUCACAUGACUCUUCCUCGACUGCUCAUUUCUAUGGAGCUGUACAUGGGAUUCCUCCACAACAUGGGAUUCCCGGCUUUCAAAGAAUUACCAUCAUGAAGUUUUUCCCAGAUCAGAAUGGAUUCCAUGAUCCAGGGCAGUCUUGGGGCUAUGAAGGUUGUGUUUUACCUGGUGGUCGCAUCAUUGUUGGUCGAUGGCUCGAUGCGCAAUCUCAUUCUUCUAGGAAUGUCAUGUCAGGACCAUUCGUUUUCUGGAAUACUGAUGAGAGUGAUGCAGCAGAGCCCAUUGAUGGCGAGGAAGCUUUGAAAUUUCUCAAACUCUUGAAGCUCUACAACCAUUGUUAG